AUGGAAUUAAAUUCUAAAGCUAACCUUCGAGAACAUCUUUACACUCAUAUGAAUGGCCGUCAAUAUAUUUGUGAAUUAUGUGGUAAAUGCUUUCGACAAAAAUCGUCUUUAUAUACUCACUAUCAAUUCCAUCAGUCUAAAGAUACGCGUAAAUACAGAUGUAAUAUUUGUGACCAUGCUUAUCCACGUCGUCUUGACUUAGAAAAUCAUAUUUUAAUACAUACUAAGGAAAAACCUCAUACCUGUAAUGUCUGUAAUAAAACAUUUCGUACUACUGGCUGUUUAAGUAGACAUAAAAUGACUCAUGUAACUGAGAAACUUUAUGUGUGUAACAUUUGUGGACUGAAAUUUAAUCAAAAACGUUAUUUGAAGAGGCAUUGUAAAAAUAAACAUGAUAUAUCUGAUUUUCAGGAAGUUCAGCAAGUAGUAUCAACGUUUGAAGAGAAGCAAUUUAAUGUAAUUCGUCGUACCUUUUCUUUUGAUGUUGUAAAUGCUAAAGAACAACUGAAGGUUAAUUUAUUAAAAAAAGAGAAUACUUAUAAACAAGGUGCAUUGAAAAAUUCUACGCAAAGUGUUGGUGAUAUAUUAGAAAAACCAACUAAUAAAAAUAAAAAAUUAAAUACAUUCCAUUGCUCAGCAUGUAGUCUCUAUUAUCAUUUGAAACACGUUCAUGAAGGAGUGAAAAAUCAUGCUUGCGAUAUUUGUGGAAGAUCAUUUGCAAUGAAAAAAGUAAUGGAAGAUCAUCGAAGAAUUCAUACAGGAGAACGACCGUAUGUUUGUGAUUCUUGUGGGAAAACUUUUAAGACAAAAGCAGCUUUAUAUAUUCAUUCUAAAACUCACUCUGAUCAAUAUCCAUUCAAAUGUACGUAUUGUAAGAAGGGGUUCAGAUGGAGACAACAAUUACAAGAUCAUACAACCGUUCAUACUGGUGAAAAAAAGCAUACUUGUGAAGUUUGUGGAAAAUGCUUUGGCGUCAAAUAUGGCUUAACAAGACAUAAAAGAAUUCAUUCAACAGACAAACCUUUUAUUUGUGAGAAAUGUGGAUGUUCCUUUGCUCAAAAACGUUAUUUAAGAAGUCAUGAACUUAUCAAACACAAAACUUGA